AUGGAUAUCGACAAGUUAUUCAAGGUGCCCAAAUUGCCGACGGGCGGGAACAAACGGCGAAUGCCCGAUGCGCCCACACCGGAAAUGUUGAAGCGCAUGAAGCUCGACUCAGGCGAGGCCACAGCAGCGCCCGGCCCGGUGUCGCGGAAGGUGACGGUCACGGAAGUGGACGAGGAUGGGAACGAGAUGGAUGGCGACUUUGCGCCGGGCGGAGAUGCGGAUUAUUACGCGGAGGAGGACGAGGACGGCAGGUUCUUUGGUGGAGGACUCACGGGCGAGCAGAAGGAAAUUCUGAAUAUAUUUGACCGCGCGGGAGACGGAGGGGACGAAGAGUUCGGGCAAUUAACCGCGCCGGGAGUACGCAAGCUGUUGCUGCGACUGGAACGCGCGGCGAAGAAGAACGCAGACCAGCGCUCAAAAUAUCCAGACGACCCGUCCAAGUUCAUUGAUUCAGAGGCUGACCUCGACGCUGCGCUCAAGGCACUGCUCCCGCUCGCGCAGGCCCCUGCCGUGGCAUACCCUGUGCUCGUAGACGCUCCAGAGCUGCUCGAAAUGUUGGUCGGACUGCUAAGCCAUGAGAAUGCGGACAUCGCGCUCGACGUUGUGGAGGUCAUUCGUGAGCUCACCGAUGAGGAUGUCGGCGAAGAGGGAGAGGAGGACGAGGAAGGUGUGGCGGAGGAGAAGGAGAAGGCAUUGAGACAGUUAGUCAAGGCUCUUUUGGAUCAUUCUAUCCUUGAGUUGCUCGUGAGCAACAUGUCGAGGUUCGACGAGAAAGACGAGGCCGAUAGGCAAGGCAUCUACAAUAUUCUCGGUAUCUGCGAGAACAUUGUAGGUUCAAACCCAGAACUGGCAGAGAGACUCAUCCUCCGCACAAAACUGCUUUCCUGGCUGCUCAACCGUGUACAGGCGAAGAACCAAGAUGAGAAUCGCGGCUACGCCGCAGAAUUGCUCGCUAUUCUAUUGCAAGAGAGUCGGCCAAACCGACUGGAGUUCGGCAAGCAUGACGGUGUGGAGACGUUGCUGAAAGUUGCCUCUAAUUACCGCAAGCGCGAUCCGACAGACGCGGAGGAAACAGAGUUUAUGGAGAAUGUCUUCGACGCGUUGUGCUCUGCACUUGGAGAGCCCGAAAUCAAGGCAUUGUUCUUGCGAAGCGAGGGUGUCGAUCUCAUGGUAUUGAUAAUGGGCGAUAAGAUGCAAGCGCGCUCCCGGUCAAUCAAGACGCUCGAUCAUGCUCUCUCCGGGCGCACAGGCGCAGAAGCUUGCGAAACCUUUGUAGCCGCGUCCGGCCUCAAGCAUCUAUCAUCUGCGUUAUUGGGCAAAGUUUCAAAGAAAGCGAAGGACAAGGCUGCCGCCACCGCAACGGCCGCGGAAGAUACUUCCCAUGCUCUCGGCAUCACCGCCAGUCUCUUUACGAACCUCGCCACGGAUUCUCCCUCUCGCGUACGCGUUCUCGCGAAGUUCGUGGAGGGGAUGUACGAGAAAACGGACAAGUUACUUGACCUACGAGCCACUGCUGCUGCCCGCCUUGCCACGGCAGAUCGGGAGAUUGCGCAGGAGAGGAAGGUCAUGGAGAUGGAGGGCCAGACAUCGGGGCCAGACGAGGAAGGAGUCUGGUUCCUACGACGGCUCGAAAACGGACUGUAUACAUUGCAAACAGUCGACUACAUCCUCGCGUGGCUCGUGUAUGAAGACGAUGGCAUCCGGCUACAUGUCAAGACAAUGCUUGGUCGGCGGAGCAAGACUUUCGCCGACAUAGUGACCACAUUAAACACCUACGCAGAUAACUUGGACGAGCCCACUGGGAUGGAGGGGGACGGGGAACUCUCAAUGCGUGAGAUAUUGGCGAAUCUUAUCGCAAUACUGGAGGGUUACCAGUAA